AUGAUGUCAUCACCCAUGCGAAAAGAUUCGCAACAACAACCCAUCUCUGAUUGGCCAAGAACACCAUUCUCAUCAAGAGUAGCAGGUAUGGGAGCUGUUGUGCCAUCUGAAUGGGGAAGUACGAUUUCAUAUGACUUCAACAUGACUUCAUUUGAAGAUGAAACAUCAAACAUACUAGGUGAUGUACCAAGUGUGUUUGACACUCCUUCGCAAUACCGAUCAAAUGGAACGGAUUUUCAUCCUUCACAAAAUACGAGCGCAAGAACAUCAAUAAGUCCAACGAUUUCCGCUAAUCAAAUGGCGCAAAAUGAUCAGAGGUAUGCUGCUUUAGCCAUGGAGGAUGAAAGAUAUUUAUCGGAAUACUCUCCUGUCAAUAUGUCACGGGAUUUGAGCUUAAUGCCAAGUCCGUCUUCAUCAAACGAAGAUGGUUUGGCAUUAUUGUCUUCAGGCGUACCUCAUCAUUCUUACGAGCAUCGCGAUGUGCCUCAUGGUCCUCGUCGUCGUCUUGGACCAUAUGAUCUCAGUCACUUGCAAAGAAGGGAUGCAAUCGUGGAUCCAUUACAUCUUAUUCAAAAUACCAUGAUUCCAUCUGUCGUCCUUCCAAGAAGAGAAUCAGUACCAAUGCUUCCUGCUAUUGUUUCAAGAAUGCCCUCACCGGAAGAGGAGUAUAGACAUUCUAUUCGAAUGCACAGAAGGGAACCUCUUUAUGAGAAUCGAAGUCCUUCUCCUUUGCCAUCGGUGAUGCAACAUGGACAUCCUUCUUGCAUGGCUCCCGCUCCUGGACCAAGUAGCCAUAAUACAAACAUGCCAUCUGUUUUCGCUCAACCGCAGAAUCCAGAUCAAUUUCGAAUUUCCUCAAAAGCUUUGGAAAUGGACGGAUGGACAUCUUCAUGGCCACCUGCAGAAGAAGCAAAAGGAAAGAACAAGAAGAAUAAAGGCAAGGCCACAAAAGCUGUCAAACCACACAUUCCGCAUCCAAAUUACAGUCGUACGCAAGACAUAAGCAGAUAUACGAAAAGAGACGAAGACUAUCAUCACGGAAUGCCACAACAUCAACCUGCUCCGCCUACAAGAUCUGCUCCACCACCACCGCCGCAACAGCAACAACAACCUGUUUCGCAACCUCAUACCGAUGGAGGUCGCAUGUUUGUGGAAAUCAAAAGUCAAUUUCACGCUAUCCCGGAAAAUUCUGAUCCAAGCAGAUUUUCAAGUAAUGGACGUUGUUUGAUCGCAUGUGAAGCAUGCAAGCGCAGGAAGAUGCGUUGUACCAACGAAUUUCCAACAUGUUCAAAUUGUACCCGACGUGGAAUGGAAUGUCAGUAUGCCGAUAAGGUACGUACACGUGGAAAAUCCAAGAGAGAUCACCUUGUCGUCGAUGAAAAUCGAUCAACUGAACAUCCAAAAUCUUCUCUAGGAAAUAAUCGACUUGAUCACAAACGCAGAAGACUUUCUACUUCAAUAAGUCACUCUCAACAAUGA